CAGGGGACUGGAGUUCUGUACAAAUGGGUGUGGCGAGCAGUGAGUGUGGAUGUCAAGAAGGAGAUUUGGGUGUCAAUGGUGGGUCCAUCCGUGCUGGAAGCAACUUCUCACAAAGAACCCCCUUCCCCGUAUGAUUGGAGAAGACUCACACGUGCCCCGGUGACCUAUGACAAGACCAGACACCAACCCUCUUCUAGGAACUCUUCCUGCCUGGAUGUCCUUGCUGUGCCCUCUGCCAACGUUUCAGGUGUAUUCUUAUGAAGGAAAUAUCCCCAUGUGACCCGUGCCCAUGAAGUCCUUGGCUCUGAUCUCAUAGGUGGCUGAAUGUACAUGACCUGGGCCAGGAGCAGUGACAAAAUUUGAAGUGCCAUGGCUCUAAGGAACAGAUGACGCGUGCGAGAUAAGAGGGAGAGGCUCGGGACUGGGGGUGCAUCCCUCCAGUCUGCAGACCUCAACCAGAGGCCCUUCCCAGCGUAUCAGGACAGAGAAGUCCAAGAAUAGCAGACUUCCCCAAAGCAGCAGAAAAUGACCCCGUCACAGAUAUCAUUUGAGGACGUGGCUGUGGAUUUCACGCUGGACGAGUGGCAGCUGCUGAACCCCAUGCAGAAGAGCUUGUACCGGGAUGUGAUGUUGGAGAACUACAGCAAUCUCGUGUUCCUGGGUUGUGAAAUUACCAAGCCAGAUGCAGUUUUCAAGCUGGAGCCGGAAGAGCCCUGGGUAAUAAAUGAAGAGAUCCUGAGUCAGAGCCUUUCAGAAGAACUCUGGAUAGAUAAUAAUCUCAAAAUGUGGCACCAGGAUAAUCAAGACAAGCUUCAAAGUAGAGAGAGCAACCAUGAACAUGAUGUUUUGGGGAAAAUAUUUCAUUCAAGCAUUAACUUUGUUCGGUUAGGAGUGAUACCCCAUAAAUGUGACACAGGUGAAAAAAGUUUGAAACAACCUUUUGAUUUUCUUAUUCCAAAAAAUAACUGUGAAAGAAAGAAACUUGAGCUCAAUAAGAAAUUGCUAUUCUACAUCAAACCAGACAGAACUCAAGAGGAAAUAAAAUACUGUGAUUGCAAUAUAUGUAGGAAAGCCAGCAGUAAAGAGUCGUGGCUCAUUACAAACCAUAUAACACACACAGGAGUCUAUUUAUGCAUUGAAUGUGGCAAAGUAUUUAACAAGAAGUCACAGCUUAUUAUACAUCAGAGAAUUCAUACAGGAGAGAAACCCUAUGGAUGUAGUGACUGUGGGAAAGCCUUUUCACAGAAGUCACUGCUCACUAUUCAUCAAAGGACUCAUUCUGGAGAAAAACCAUAUGGGUGUGGUGAAUGUCCAAAAGCUUUCAGUAGGAAGUCUCUGCUUGUUUUACAUCAGAGAACACACACGGGCGAGAAGCCCUAUGGAUGCAGUGAGUGCGGGAAAGCUUUCAGCAGGAAGUCACAGCUUAAAAGACAUCAGAUAACCCACACAAUAGAGAAACCCUAUGGCUGCAGUGACUGUGGGAAAUCUUUCUCCCAGAAAUUAAAGCUCAUCACACAUCAGAGAAUGCAUACAGGAGAGAAACACUAUAAAUGUGGUGACUGUGGGAAAGCCUUCUUUUGGAAGUCACAGCUCAUUACUCAUCACAGAACUCAUACAGGGAAGAAACCAUAUGCGUGUAGUGAGUGUAAAAAAGCCUUCAGCAGGAACUCACUGCUCAUCAGGCAUCAGAGGAUUCACACAGGAGAGAAACCCUAUGAAUGCGGUGACUGUGGCGAAGCCUUCAUCAGGAAACCACAGCUUAUUAGACACCAGAUAACUCACACAGGAGAGAAGAACUACCAGUGCGGUGACUGUGAAGAAGCCUUCUUUAAGAAAUCAGAGCUCAUCAGACAUCAAAAACUUCAUUUAGGAGAGAAGCCCUAUGGGUGUGUUGAGUGUGGGAAAACCUUCUUUGGAAAGUCACAGCUCCUAACACAUCAGAGAACUCACACUGGAGAGAAACCCUAUGAGUGCAGCAACUGUGGGAAAGCCUUCACCCAGAAGUCAAGCCUGAUAUCGCAUCAGAGAACUCAUACAGGAGAGAAGCCCUAUGAGUGCACUGAAUGUGGGAAAACCUUCAGUGAGAAGUCAAGUCUCAUUCAUCAUCAGAGAACCCACACUGGAGAAAAACCCUUUGAAUGCGGUGAAUGUAGGAAAGCUUUUGCCUGGAAGCCACAGCUUCUUAGGCAUCAGAGAAUUCAUACUGGGGAGAAACCCUAUGUGUGCAGUGACUGUGGGAAAGCCUUUGUUCAGAAAGUGCAACUCAUUAAGCAUCAGAGGAAUCACACAGGAGAGAAAGCCUAUGGAUGCAGUGACUGUGCAAAAGCUUUCUUUGAGAAGGCACAGCUGAUUAUACAUCAGAGGAUUCAUACAGGAGAGAGACCCUAUCGAUGUGGUGACUGUGGGAAGUCUUUCACUAGAAAGUCACACCUUAUGAGGCAUCAGAGAAUUCAUACAGGAGAUAAAUACUAUGGAUGCAAUGAAUGUGGAACUACUUUCAACAGGAAGUCACAGCUUGUCAUUCAUCAGAGAAAUCAUGUAAUAUAGAAACCACAGGAGUGCAGUGAGCGCGGAAAGCCUGCUAGCAAAUGUCAGGCCUUCUAACACAUCUGAGGACACACAUAGAAGAGAAAUCCUAUCAAUGCUGUGACUGUGGGAAAGGCAAGCCUCACUAAAGAAUUCAGAAAGGGGAGAAUUUUUUUAAGGAGACAAUAUAAGGAAGCCUUCUCCCAGAAGACAGAGUUUACUACACAUUGAUGAUUUGUCAAUAUUGUGAUAGUACAGAACCUUUUGGUCAAAAAUGAAAGCUUAUUAAAUAUUUAAAAUACCUAAAGAGGCAAAACAUUCCAUUGUCAUGACAAGUGAGAGAUUUCAUUAAGAAAGGGUAACUCAGCACACCAGAGAAUACAUGUGUAGAGGAAAUUAGAGAUUGUGUAAGGAGUAGUCCUAAUCGAAGAAUUUUUUAAGCAUGAUCCUAUUGAAAUAAUUCUGGAAAGAAGUUGUGUUCAUUGUAUAUGAAUUAUUGUGAAAGAUAGUCAUUUAAAAAUGGCAGAUGAGUUUCACAUAUGAAGAUGUCUGCUUUCUGCCAUGGUGCUAUACCAAGGGCCAGAUGAACUAUCCUGCCUUAACCAGCUAAAAGCUGCACAAUAUGUGUGAAAUGAUGGUUUCAGACACGUGACAAGCGCAGGGUUGUCAUCCCUGGCAGAAGAUGGACAAAGUGGUGGUAGUUCCCAGGCCGCAGUUCAGGGAAGGGAACAGAUGUGGCCUUGCUGAAUUGAAGAGAAUUGCUGGACUGGCGUUUGGGGAGGCAACGGUAGCUAGAAUUCGCAGGGAACAGACCAGAGAGGUGAGAGCUUCCCAGGGACAGGGCUAGGGGAUCUUCAAGGAGCCUUUUGGCUGGUACUGAUUGGCAUGUGUGUGAGACCUGGAAAACAGUAGCCGAAUGAUUCCUGGAGCUCAGCACAGGACUCCCAAUAGUCUGUGUCCCCAUCUGCCAGAAUGCAACCAACUUUCAACACAUGGGCAUCAGGCAGAAUUCCCAGAAGACUGCUGUCUUAGUGGUGAGGGUAAUUAACCCUACAUUAAAAGCUGCUCUGGACCCACAAUGUGUGGCAUCCAAAAACUUAUGCAAAGAAGCAGGAAAAUGUGACUUGUAACCAGGAGAAAAAUCAAUCAGUAGAAAGAGACCUCGAAAAAAAGACAUAACUGGUUAGAAUUAGUAGACAAGGAUGUUCAAAUAGCUAUUAUAAAGAUAAAGGGAAACACGAAUUUGAUGAAACAAAGUGGAAGAUAUAUUUUUAAAAGCCCACAUAGAAUGUUUCAGGAUGGGAACAACAAUAUCUUAAAAUGAAAUUUAAAAAGUGAGUAGAUUUAAGAACAGAUUAGACUGAGAAGAAAAAAAUUAAUGAACUUGAGGAAUAAGAAUAAAAACUAGUCAAAUGAUAUAUACAGAGAAAAGGCAGGAGGUUGGGGGGGAGAGAAUAGGGAAUCCGUGACAUUGGUGGAAGGUACAUGUAACUGGAGCCCCAGAGGGGAAAAAGAGGCAAAAGAAAGUAUUUGAAAAACUAAUGGCUGACACUUUUCCAUGUAUGGUAAGAAUUAUGACUUCACAUACUCAAGAAGCUCAAAGAACCGUGAACAGAAGAAACAAAGAAAAUCAUGUCAUGGACAUCAUGUCAAGUGAUGAAAACCAGUAAGAACAAGUAUAAAGCACACGGAGGAAAAAAGACCCAAGACACUCACAGGGCAAAGGAUGAGAGCGCACUUCUAGAAGACAGCGGGGUAACACCUUCAAAUUAUGGAAAGGGGGGGAAAAACCUGCCACCUGGAGUGCUGCUACCCAUCAAAACAUCUUUCAAAAUGAAAGCAAAAAAGACUUUUUCAAAAAAAUACAAUCAAAGAAUAUCUCACCUGUAGAUCUGCCUUCAGGAGACACUCAAGGACGUUUUGGGGCAGUGGGGGACGAGCAUGAAGUGGAGCUUUCGAUCUGCAAGAGGACAGGACAAGUUCGGGAAACGGUGAGUGUGUGAGUAAAUAUGAAAGGUUUUUUUUUCCUCCUUUUAAACUCUUUUUAAAAGGUAACUGAGGGCCGGCCGAGUGGUGCAGUGGUUA